UACAAUCCUAAUACAUACCUUUGUUUAACUGAUUCUAACACAAGUACCAUGCUUGUUCUGUCCUUGUGUUGGUUUGUUUUGUUGUUUUAAGAAUUGGGUUGGAGUGAGAAUCCAAAAUGAUGGGGUGUUCUCCUUUAAGAUGACCGGUGAAUUUUCUUACAGGGAACCAGCAAUGAAGGGUGUCUCUUUGUUCUUUUUCAUCUUCUCCAUAGUUGUGUCUCUUGGUUCAAUUUCAGCUUUAUCUCCAACAGGGUCGACCAGACAUACGAUGAAGUUUAUCCUAGGAGAAGUGAAUUUGGGUCCAUGGAAGAAUAAAGUCACACAAGUUGCUCUAGCUCCAGCUCCUGAAACUCAUUCUCCUAAGGGUACUCUUGUGCUGGCUGCAAACAGGACGAAUAGGCCUGACAUUCUACGGCGAUUUCGACAUUACCGAGGUGGUUGGGACAUUGCAAAUCGACAUUAUUGGGCCUCCGUUGGAUUCACUGGUGGGGCCGGUUUCAUCCUUGCUUUCCUAUGGCUUAUUUCAUUUGGCUUGGCACUUGUGAUUCAUCUAUGCUGUGGAUGGGGUAUUAACAUCAAGGAUGAAGGAUCAAAUCAUUCGCAAAGAAUUUGUCUUACACUGCUUUUGCUAUUCACCUGUGUUGCAGCGACUGGAAGUAUCCUUCUUUCAGUUGGGCAGGAUAAGUUCCAUGGUGAGGCCUUGAAUACCCUCCAUUAUGUUGUCAAUCAGUCAGAUUAUACAGUGCAGACUCUAAGAAAUGUCACAGAAUAUCUAUCACUUGCCAAAUCUAUCAAUGUUGCAGAGAUGCUUCUUCCAUCUGAUAUCAUGGAUGAUAUUGACAAUUUGAAUAUGGAUCUAAAUACUGCAGCAGAUACGCUUUCUGAGCAGACAAACGAAAAUUCUGUUAAAAUACGAAAAGUGUUUAAUGCUGUGCAUCUAGCUUUGAUUGUGAUGGCAGCAGUGAUGCUUCUCCUGGCUCUAAUUGGGCUAAUCCUGUCUAUCUGUGGACAUCAACAUGCAAUCCUCAUAUUUGUUAUCAGUGGAUGGUUACUGGUUGCAACCACAUUCCUUCUCUGUGGAGUGUUCAUGAUUCUUAAUAAUGCAAUUUCUGACACCUGUAUGGCUAUGGGAGAAUGGGUGGAGAAUCCACAAGCAGAAUCUGCUCUUAGCAAUAUCCUUCCAUGUGUUGAUCAGAGAACCACAAACAAGACACUCUUUCAGAGUAAACAAGUGGUUACCAAUAUUGUCAGUGUUGUCAAUAGGUUCGUCUACAAUACUGCAGAUGCAAAUCCAACAAAAGGUAGUGAGAAUUAUUACAAUCAGUCUGGACCUGCAAUGCCACCUUUGUGCUAUCCCUUUGACUCUGAGUUUCGAGACCGGCAGUGUACGGAUCAAGAAGUUUCCUCUACCAAUGCUUCAUCGGUUUGGAAGAAGUAUGAAUGUGAGUUGUCUAAAUAUGGUAUUUGCGCCAGUGUUGGCAGGGUGACCCCAAUGAUAUACUCUGAGUUAGUAGCUGCAGUUAAUGAAAGCUAUGCAUUAGAACAUUACACUCCACUUUUACUUAGCCUUCAGAAUUGCAAUUUUGUGAGGGAUACAUUCAAAGAAAUCGUUUCAAGUUACUGUCCUCCAUUAAACCAUUAUCUUAAGGUUAUCAAUGCAGGACUCGGCCUCAUUUCUGUUGGUGUCUUGCUAUGUCUUGUUCUCUGGAUACUCUAUGCAAACCGCCCCCAAAGGGAGGAAGUGUUUGUGAAGCUCAACUUCGCUGAAAAACUAAAGAACGGAUUUAACAAGAACUUCAACAACAGAAAUUCGCCUUUGCCAAAUGCAGCUAGUGAAGUAUAGAUUGUUCAAUAUAAAACUAGUUGUUUAAAACAGAAGUGAAAUAAUAGUGAUUUACUUUACCCUAUGGUAGGGAAAAAAGAAGAAAAAACCAAGGUAAAGCGAAGCUACACCUUGAGUUAGAAGAUUAUAGUCAAACCUAAUGUACUAUAUGCAGUUAUUCGUACAAAGAAAAAUCAAUUCAAUUUGUUGAGCUUGCGUAAGCAUGACUUACAAAUGGUUGCUUCUUGGAAGAACAAGAAAGAGAAAGUGUUCAUAUUGAUCUUCUGCAUAAUCACGAUUUCAAUUGGUUCAUCGCUUCGCGACUAGUCCGAUUUGAGACGGGUCCUGCAAUUAAAGUUUUAAACUCCUUUCAAAUAUGGUACUGGAGAAACUGAUUGUAAAAGAAAAUAAGCUUCAAUGCUACAAUACCAAGCCCCAUGGAGCUUGUU